UACUAUUGGUUCAAAAACUUUUAGAAAUGUUACGUUUAUUUACUCAAAUUUUUCAUGUUGGUCGAGGCCACAAAGCGCGUGUAAAUAAACAGCUUAGACACUUGAAUUUUAGAAGAGAAAUAUGAAGGAUGUUGUGUCCAUUCCAAACAAUUGGGAUUAAUCUGUCUGUAGAUCAAGGGGGCCACACACAGACAUCUCGCGCCGCGGGCUAUUUGCGCGUGUUUCGGUCCUUCAUAUGGCCACUUAAAUGUCCUUUUGAACACACAUCCCCUUUUUAGUCACGGAAACACAAUUUAUGUCCAUUAUGUCGCAUUAUAGAUCGCAUCUACAGAAGCCGAGAGUCGUUGCCGAGAGAUAUGUGAUUCAUUUCAAGGGGCCACAACUCCGAGAGGAACGAAAACAACCUGAAAGAGUUACGACUAAAGACACGAGGGGCAUGUUUGUUAAUGUUUCAUUCAAUUAUUGUUAAGUGGAUCAGACUAUAAAAAGAAACACUCGAAAACAAAACAUCCAAUCGCAAAUGGGAUUGGACCACCCGGAAUCAAAGAGUGAAUGAGUGAGUGAGUGGAGUUUGGUUUGGGUGGGUUCAGGCGUUUACAGUAGUUCAGUCAUGUACGCCCAUUAUAUCAGCAUCUGACCAGCAGCCCCCUUACACAAACACUCAUACACACUUCUCAUGAGAGCAGCUUCAUUUGCCUUUGCCAUACACAGCCUUUAUAUUCAAACAUAAAGGCUCGUCGUCAUCCUGGACGUCUCAUGAUGUUUGACAACUCACAGUAUCCUUAUAACUGUUUUAACUAUGAUGGAGAUGGAUACCCCACAUGUGGCACUGAUGAAGAAAAGAAAGUGUGCCGACCGGCUUACAGUUACAUUGCACUAAUAGCAAUGGCAAUACAGCAGAGCCCAGAGAACAAAGUUACCCUAUCGGGAAUCUACGAGUUCAUCAUGAAGAGAUUUCCUUAUUACAGAUCCAACCAGAGGGCUUGGCAAAACUCCAUUCGUCAUAACCUCUCUCUAAACAGCUGCUUUAUAAAGGUGCCCCGCACAGAAGGUAACGAGAAAGGAAAAGGUAAUUACUGGACGUUUGCCACAGGCUGCGAGUCGAUGCUGGACCUCUUUGAAAAUGGCAACUUCCGACGUCGCCGCCGCAGACGCAACUUAAAACUGGGCCUCAAGGAGCCGGCUGAACCCUUUGUUGCCAUGGACACACAUCAGGGACCUGCAGUAAGAGCCAUGGAUUCAGAUACUUUCUGCCCCAUGAACACUACUCACAGACCGGCCCGAAUCAACCAGUCCCUCGGCAAACCCGAACCCGAGAUCAAAUUCAGCAUUGACUACAUUCUCUCCACACCGGACCCUCUGCCGGGCUUCAGGGCCGCUAACAGUGUGACUGGAGCCAUGAUCCACCAUCUGGAACCACAGCAUCUUAAUCUACACUUCUGGACCAUGUAACCAAAACUGAACCACUUAAAGCUUCUAUAGCGGCCAACAAACUCUUUUAAGAUUUCCCAUAAUGCAACUAGGCUUGUAAUUAGGCACAUGCAGUGUUUUAUGUGCUAGCGUGACUCUUUCUCGCUGUGGUUCAUGUAUGCAUUUAACAGUAAGUUAUAUCAUUCUUCAUAAUAAGAGUGUUGGGAAUCUGUUAGCUGUGUCCAUCACUUCACCACAAGAACUGUGUACUUAAAACAAUUUUAGUCACUUUACAGUCUUUGGUAGUGAGUGUUUUUGUAUUGGCAAAGCAUUAUAGCAAUGCAAAAGUCAAGCAUUCAAUACCCAAGGAACACAUACAGUAUAUAGUGAUUGAAAAAAUUGUAUAGAUUGGAUGCACUGUAAGUCACUGUAAAUAAGGGUAUCUGUUAAAUGCAUAAAUGUAAAUGUAAUAAUGCAUACAUGAUGAAAAUGAUUAUUUAGAAGCAGGAGCUUAACUGUAUUUUUCUUUAAAUGGUAAAACUCUUUUGCACACCUGAAA